CGUGCUCGUACCCACCUAAUAAGUUUAUCCCAGUUAGCUACUUACCAGCUAGCUCAUCGUCUUUGAUCACCACCAAAAAUGCCUAACCCUAUCCAUCAUUAUCUUGUCCUGCACAUAUAAAGCAGUCAUUAGCUUACUGAUCAUUACUUCAAGCCUUCAGGUGUUUCAUUCAUUCGGUAUGGGCAUGGCAGGCAUCUCAAUUUUCUUGACAUUUGUGGUUCUCUUCCUUACUAGUACUCUAGCUAGCACUGAUCAGACGAGCAACAGCAGCCGAGUUUAUAUUGUGUACGUGGGAUCUGCAGCUCCAAACUCUUUAACCAGCACUACAGCUUCCUUGAGGACUGACCAUGCUCGCCUCCUUACUUCUCUGUCGAGACGGAAAGCAAAUGCGUUGGUGCACAUUUACAGGCAUGGUUUCGCAGGAUUCGCGGCUCGGCUAUCAGAGGAGGAGGCACAGUCGAUGGCUCAAAAACCUGGAGUUAUAUCUGUUUUUUGAUCACCUGAUCACUUACUGAAACUCCACACCACUCAUUCCUGGGAUUUCCUCAAGUAUCAGACUGAGUUAGAAAUCGACUCAUUUCCUAACAGCAUCUCCGAGAAUGAUGAUGGUGCUGCUGAUGACACAGCACCGGACUCUAAUGGAUCUGACACCAUUAUCAGCAUUUUAGACACUGGUAUUUGGCCGGAGUCGGAGAGUUUUAAUGACAAGGAUAUGGGUCCGAUUCCAUCAAGGUGGAAGGGAACAUGCAUGAAAGGACCUGAUUUUAUUACUUCAUCCAGCUGUAAUAGGCACAGCGGCAGGCAGUGUUGUACGGGAUGCAUCCUACUAUGGCUUAGCUCCUGGGACAGCCAAGGGAGUAUGCACAGCAGAGGGUUGCUAUCGAUCGGCAAUGACACGGCGGUUACUCCAGCUGGAAAAGAGGCCCCAAAAUUCAAUGUGCUCUCAGGGACUUCAAUGGCAUGCCCACAUGUUUCUGGGAUAGCAGCCACUGUCAAAUCUCAAAACCCCACAUGGAGUCCAUCAGCCAUCAGAUCAGCCAUCAUGACAACAGCAACUCGAACAAACAAUUUGAAAACCCCAAUCACUACAGAUUCAAGUUCAAUAGCCACACCAUACGAUUAUGGUGCGGGGGAAGUAACAGUAACUGGACCGCUACAUCCAGGUCUGGUAUAUGAAACUGACACCAUUGACUACUUGAGCUACCUCUGCUAUUAUGGGUUUGAUACAUCCAAACUCAAAACCAUCGCUAGAACUGCUCCAAUAGGUUUUGCUUGCCCCAAAGACUCCAAGGCUGAUUACAUAUCCAACAUCGACUACCCAUCAAUAGCAAUUUCCAAAUUCAUUGGAAAAGAAAGCAGGAAGGUUACAAAUGUUGCAGGAGAUGGUGAAGUGGUUUUCACAGCGAUUGUGGAUACACCUAGAGGUCUAAGCGUCAAAGUGAUUCCUGAUAAACUACAUUUUUCAAUGAACAACCAGAAGCUCAGUUAUCAAAUGGUUUUCUCUUCAACCACAUCUGUUCCCAAGGAAGACAUGUUUGGGUCUCUUACAUGGAGCAAUGGAAAGUAUAAAGUCCGAAGUCCAGUUGUUGUAAGUGUUUGAAAACUGACAGGAGAGGAGUAUUCCAGUAAGUAAUGACUAUUAUAGAACAUCUGAGCUGAUAAUAGCACAGGGUAGAGCUGUAUCUAAGAAUUACAAAUCAAUCCAUCAUAUUGCACACAAGAUUAAACGGCC